AUGUCCAACGCAGAAGUCCUCUGCGAGGACGAAGACAUCCGCUCCUCCCCUGCUCACAUGCAGGUUGUCGAGCUAUCAACACUUGGUUCCCAUGCGCCGAACCAAUCCAUCACCGCCGCCGCCGCCUUCGAACCCGUUAAGUGUGUCCUCCGCCUGAUCCAACAGGUGUACUACAUUCUGACGAUCCAGUCCGCCCUCGCUGGCCAGCGAUUCUGGGGCGACGCCGCCGCCGAGUCCCGGAACAAAGUCCUCAGGCUCGCCUGGUUGAAGCAACCACUGCACGCAGUCGAAGACUGCUGGGAACUGAUCAGCUCACAGCUUGAGCUGGCGCCGCACAAGAGCAUCUUCGACGUGAUGUUGUGCGACACCAUGGCAGCCACGCUCUGGAACCGACCCGAGUUCCAUCUUGACGACCUGGCCCCCGACGGAUUCCACAUAUGGAACGGUGGCCCAUCCCUCCCGGAAUUCUUCUCCUGGAACGUCGCCAAGCUGCACUCGGCAACCAUCGUCUACGACGACCUACCCACCAUCUUCAGGGUUGCGUGCACCGGACACAACCCCAAGUGGGUUGGACCCGACUACAAGUACGUUCCCGCCAUCUUCGCUGUUACCCCCGCCGACGGGCAGACCAUUACCUCGUACGACAGCAUCGAGAGCCCCAGCGACACGGUGUACGCCCUCAUGGCCAUCGUGGAGAAGAGGCGGGACAAGAAGCCCGCCGUCAAGCGCUACAACCCGCUCGCAUAUCGCAUCUUCAGGGAGAAGCGCCUCCCCCGCGUCGAAGGAGCCCGAAGCCGCUUCAUGAUCUUCUAUGCUAAGUUUCGCAGGGGCGACCUGGACCUGGGCGGUCGGGUCCAGCAGAUGCUCAACAUCGGCGACGGUGACGACGCCCUGGCGCGGCCGGUUGAGGACGCGCUUCCUGGGCUGAUGGAAGGUCUGGAACUUGGGAGCGACCACGCUGAUGCGUUUGGUGCUCGAAUGGAGGGAAUGGAGUGGUCGAACCUCUACUCGCAUGAGUGA